AUGUCCAUGAAAAAUCGUCCUCAAUCGAACGACUAUAUAAAAUCUGCAAAAGGCGUAUCAUUUUCUUAUGCAGCUGGUUUUAAUAGUUUUCAAAAAGGAACUCUCGGAGAUUCAGAUAGUUAUGUAAUGGGAACAUUACAUUUUAAUUAUGGAAAACCUCAGCAAAUUAAGAGUGUUUCCCUUAAUUUUAAAGGUAUUGAAAAAACAACUUGGUAUAAAGCUCAAGCUAGGUCAAAAGCUGUUUACUCGGGUGAACAUACCAUCGUCGAUCUAAUGGAAGAAGUUUGGAAAACUGACAGCACUGAGGGUGGUAUUAUGAAUUUAGAAAUUCCAUUCAAAAUCAAACUUCCUCCUAAUCUACCCGAUACAAUUGAAACCGAGAUUGGAAACAUUGAAUAUAUUAUUCGUGCUGUUAUCACUCGUAAAGGAAGUUUGGUAUUAUCAGCUUCAACUCAAGUUGUUGAAGUUAAAUGCCAUUUAAAAAGAACUUUAAUUUUAAGUGGCUCUGAUAAUGUUCCUUAUAAAUUACGUGGUGAAUCCAGAAGUGGUAUCGAUUAUCUCUUUAGUUUACCUCCGAAAAAAAAUUUUAAUCCUGGAGCUUAUGUUUCUAUCCCUAUGAGAAUUCGUUUCGUAAAACCAGGUGUUAGUGUCGAAAGAAUUGAGAUUGCUUUAAAAACUUGCAUGGAUUUUAGAUGUAGUAUUCCAAGUGAAACACGUCAUGUCAAAGAAGUUGCUACUUCUUUAUUAGUUCCACGUCAAGAUCUUAAAUAUAAUCAACAAUCUUCCGCUGAUUUUGAUGGUGAAUGCACGCAUACUAUUAAUCUAUUUGUUCCGCGUAACGUUCAAUCGACUUAUUCCGGGCGUUAUGUCAGCAUUAAUCAUCAACUUAUUGUAAAGUUUUGUUUAUGGGGUGCUGAUAACGAUUUUCAAGUAGAAGAAAGUAUAAGAGUUACAAAUGUUUUUGAUCAACAACAAAGUAACGGUCAAUCUUCUUCUCAUUCCGAUGUUGCUCCAACUUAUCAAAGAAAUAAAUCUCCCGAAGAACUUAACGAUACAGCCACUGAUGCUUAUAUUACGGAUGAAUAUGACCGUGGAAUUGGAACUGCAAUAUAUUUAAAUCCAAUUGAACAAGCUGAAAAAGGUUCUAUUUAUUCUCAUUCUAGUCGUCCAUCACAAAAUUCGUUAAAAAUUAUUACCGAUCCAGACUCUCAACAAUUACCACCAUCAUAUCCUGAAGUUCCUAAUCCACAUUAUAAAAAUAAAAUAAAUGGUGAAUUAGCACAACAUAAAACUUUAUACAAUUCCUCAUCAGUAGAUGACUUAGCUCUUCUCUCUAAAAAAGCUUAUAGUUCAACAACUAAUCAUAUAAUUAAUAAUUAUACUUCAAAUGAUGAUCAAUUUUAUUCAUAUGGUUAUGAAGAUGAGGAAGACAUAGAUCCUUCCAUGAUAAGCAAUACCGAUAUAUUACUUCAACAAAACAUGCAACGUAAAGCUGGUGUGAUUUUAGCCCCCACACCUCGUAUGCCAACCGGGAAUACCAUCAUGAAUCUUAACGCAAGCGUCAAUAACAGUAGAUAUCCUCCUCCUUACGGUCCUCCUCCAUCUGGUCAACCAGUUGUUUAUACUCAAUUGCCACCACAAAAUUCUUCAAGAAAACAACAUCAUCCACCUCCAACAAGACCCCCAGUUACUGCUCCACCAUAUUAUCAAGGUGGACAGAAUCAAAUAAUUGAUGAAAGUGCUUAUUAUAUAAAUUAA